AUGAUCCCUCUUCUUCCUCCUGUUCGUUUGUCUCUACUGCUACCGCUACUGCUACUUCUCUCCUCGACAACACAACUUGCCUUCGCACAGACAACAACGCAAUUCAACUGCACGUUCCCCAACGGCCAGGUAGCAGAGAACUACGAGCCCUGCAACCCAGACCAGGCAGAGACAUCGUGCUGUCUGCGCGGGGAAGCGUGUCUUUCCAGCGGGUUGUGUUACGGGGCUCUAGGGCUGGUGUAUCGCGGAGGGUGCAGUGGGGGAUGUUUCUCGGCGGCUUGUCCGCGGUAUUGUGUCGAUAGCAUCGAAGGCCAUGCCAACUUCUUGACCUGCGGCAGCGACACCAGCUGGUGGUGCGGCAAUGGCAACUCGUGCACGACCGACGACGGCACGAUAGUGACGAACCUCCGACCAGGAAAUGUGAUCCGUAUCGCUGGCAGCGACAGCCUGUCGACGGCGGUGACGACGACGAGUACGACGACGGUGAUUGCCACCGCGACGGGGGCGGCGGCAGCAGCAGCAGCAGCAGCAGCAGAGCAAGCUACUAGCAGCUGUCCCGAUCCAAACGCCGGCUCAGGGACCGACAGUAAUAAUAAUAAUCAUAAUAACAACACAACAAUAGUGGGCGCCGCCGUAGGAGGCUCCCUCGGAGGCGCAGCCUGCAUCUGCGGAAUGCUGGCCGUAUUCAUCCGAGAAAGGAAGAAGCGAAAGGAGAUAGAGACGCAAAUGCUACAGCAACAACAGCAGCUGCAGCAACAGCUCGCCCAGGCACAAGCCCAGGUCUGGGCGUAUAACAAACCGCCGGGAUAUCCGGCCGAAGCGGGAGGACAGCCGUAUGUCGUCCAGCCGUCGGAGCUCGACACGCAACCGCUACACGAACUGGGGGGAAGAAAGUCGUCGCUGCGGGGGUCGAUGCGGGGGUCAUAUAUAUAA